CCCUCACCCCCACCCCACUCCCCAAGAAUCCUUUUCUCCUUCAUCCCCUACAUCUAAAGGAGUGUGUCUCACUCUCUCCUAAAUGCUCAACUAAGUUCCUAUAUUCUUCAAUGCCUCUUCCGAUGCAUCAAGCAAUACCCAUGGCAAAGUGAAGAUGAUAGAUAGCUACUAUGUUUCAUGUCUCUGAAGUAGCUUAGCUUGCACUUAGGAGUUAAUUAGAAGCUCGUGAGAAAAGGGCUACCAUUUUUCAGAUUCACCAUGCCUGUUCCUCUUGCUCCAUAUCCAACAGCUCCAGCUCCAUCACCACUUUUGUCACCUGCAACUAAUGGUGCACAAAGCCAGCUUGUAUGUUCUGGGUGUCGAAACCUUUUGAUGUAUCCAGUUGGAGCAACCUCAGUAUGCUGUGCAGUAUGCAGUGCAGUAACUGCAGUACCUCCACCAGGCACUGAAAUGGCUCAGCUAAUCUGUGGUGGCUGCCACACAUUGCUAAUGUAUAUUCGUGGAGCAACAAGCGUUCAGUGCUCAUGUUGCCACACCAUCAAUUUAGCUUUGGAAGCAAAUCAGGUGGCACAUGUGAACUGUGGCAACUGUAGAAUGCUAUUGAUGUACCAAUAUGGGGCAAGAUCUGUCAAAUGUGCAGUCUGCAACUUUUUGACAGCAGUAGGGGUUUCACCAAACAUGAACGAGCAGAAGUUGAAGAGCUAGAAGGUUUAAUUUCCAUGCAUGCAUGUUAUGAAUGAAUAUAUAUGUGGGCUGGACAGGCAGAUCAGAUCAGAGGAGGAAUAAUAAUGUCGUUGUUAGUUACAUGUAUAGAGCUUACCUAAUUUUCCCAUGCGUGACUGUAACAUGAAUAAGCAGUUUUUCUGGGUUGGAGCUGCGACUAAUUAUAUUAAUGGGUGUUUUCUGGUUGGAGAGAAACAUGAAAUGCUCUGAUCUACUUCCUCUUCAAGGUAUAGUUGCACAGUACAUUUGUUGUGUUUACAGUUGAUGUAUAAUGAAUAGUGACAUUGAAGAUAA